AUGUUCCUACAUAUUUGCAUUUGGUGUUUGCUAUCAUUCAGCACUGUGCGCAUCGCAUCAUCUGUGGAGCUGCAACCUGGCAUGCCAAAUGUUUGUACAGACCAGGAAGUCUCCAUGUUGGGGGCACGGCAGCCUUGUGUCCAGGCCUUCACCCGCAUGGUUAAGGUGUGGAGGCAGGGCUGCACAGGUCACAGCUGGUGUAUGGGCUAUGAGAGGAGGACAGGGUACUACACCGCCUACAGACAGGUGUACAGCAUGGAUUUGCACACAGUCUAUAAGUGCUGCCCGGGCUGGACUCAGAAGAGUGACGAGAUGGGCUGUCUGCACAGGCUGUGUGCUUCCAAUACAUGUUUCAAUGGAGGCCGAUGUGCCGAGGCUGGAGACCAGAUAUGUGAUUGUCCAGAUGGCUUCAAAGGCACACAAUGCCAGUAUGAUGUUAACGAAUGUGAGGUGAAUGAAGGCGGCUGUGAGGGGUACUGCUGCAACACCAUUGGCAGCUACUAUUGCAAGUGUCCUGAGGGGAGCAGACUGGGGCCAGACGGCAAGGCAUGUCAAGAUGUGAAUGAAUGUGAGGUUCUCAAUGGAGGAUGCCAGCAGACGUGCAUCAACACACCGGGCUCUUACUACUGUGAAUGCAGCGAAGGCUUCCGCAUACACGCAGAUGGACGGACAUGUAUCGCGGUGAAUUCUUGUGCGGUGAAGAACGGCGGAUGCGAGCAUAAGUGUGUGGAUGUGGGGAACAAUCACUACAAAUGUCAGUGUCGAAAGAACUACCAGCUGAAGCAAGAUGGGAAGCACUGUGAACUGAGGGAGCCCUGUGGGGAGAGGAAUGGAGGCUGCGCCCAGCUGUGUCGUUCACAGGACGGCCUGGUUGAGUGCAGCUGCAGACCUGGUUUUAUGCUGGCUGGAGAUGGCAAGAACUGUGAGGACAUUGAUGAGUGCAGUUCAGGCCGUGCUACGUGUUCCCAUGGCUGUGUCAACAUGCCGGGCUCCUUCAGCUGUGUGUGCAACCCAGGCUUCGAGCUUGGUGCUGAUGGCAAACAGUGCUACCGCAUUGAGAUGGAGAUAGUCAACAGCUGUGAGAAGGACAACGGUGGCUGCUCGGAUCACUGUGAACACACCACCAACGGUCCGCUCUGCUCCUGUAGCCAAGGCUACCACCUGGCCCAGGACGGGAAGACCUGCGUAGAUAGCAAUGAGUGUGAGAGUGGUGAGGCCUGCUGCAGUCACUUCUGUAAGAAUUACCCAGGAGGCUAUGAGUGCAGCUGCAAAGCUGGCCACAGACUCAACCCAGACGGCUGUGGCUGUGAUGACAUUGAUGAGUGUGUGACAGAGAGCUCUGGCUGUGAACACUACUGUGUCAACACCCUGGGAACCUACGAGUGUUUUUGUCGACUUGGCUUCCGCUUGGAUCAGGACCAACAUGCCUGCAUCCCUCUGUAUGGAAGAGAACUGGAAGAGGAGGAGGAAGACGAAGAACAGGAUGAGCUGGAGGUGCACAGACUGCCAGACCUGCUGUUCCGUCGGCCUCCUCAGCUCCUGCAGUACACGGCAGCCCUGCAUUCUCCAUAUGACGGUGAUGAUGACGAUGAUAAUGAUUACAACACAGAGGGAGAGGUCCAGAGUGAGCAUCGAGGGGAGCUCAGGCUCGUCAGCCAAAUAGUGUGUCUUGAUGGCUCAUUUGGGGACGACUGCAGUGUGAGCUGUGCAGAUUGUGUGAAUGGAGCGUGCAGUGCAGACAGAGACCACUGUGAAUGCUGGCCUGGAUGGACUGGGAUAAUCUGCAAUGAGACUUGUCCACAGGGGACCUAUGGGCAGGCCUGUAACAGUCUGUGCCGCUGUCAGAAUGGAGGCUCCUGUGACCCUGUGACUGGCAGCUGUCUGUGCCCACCUGGUGUGCAAGGCCUGCUCUGUGAGGAUGGUUGUCCUCAGGGCUACUUUGGGAGGCACUGCCGAAGGAAGUGUAACUGUCCCAACAACGGACGCUGCCAUCGUCUCUAUGGAGCCUGCCUGUGCUCCCCAGGACUGUAUGGCCGCUUCUGCCACCUGCCUUGUCCCAGGUGGACACACGGCGCAGGCUGUUCCAAGGAAUGUGACUGUGUUCUGGAACAUUCCACUGGCUGCGACCCCAAGGAGGGGAGCUGUUUCUGUAAGCCUGGAUACCACGGCCCGCACUGUGAGAAAGAGUGUGUGUUUGGCUUCUUUGGUGCAGGCUGUGAGCAGCCAUGUGACUGUCCAGGUGGAGGGUCAUGUGACCCCAGGACUGGAGAUUGCAGCCAGCGAUGUCCUGCAGGCCUUCAUGGAGAUAAAUGCCAACUGGGCUGCAGUGCAGGGCGGUAUGGAGAGAGCUGUCGCCUAACCUGUGAUUGUGGAGGGGCUCCUUGUGAUCCUGUGAUGGGACAGUGCAUCUGCCCUGAAGGGAAGACAGGGAACUCAUGUCAGGAAGACUGCCCUGCUGGUUUCUGGGGGUUUAAAUGCCAGUCAUCUUGUAGUCCCUGUGAGAACGGAGGCUCCUGCAACAAGCAGACCGGGGUCUGUGACUGCAAGCCAGGCUUCACUGGGACACUCUGCCAGGCUGAGUGUCCUCCAGGGUACCAUGGCCCAGGCUGUUUAAUGCGUUGCUCAUGCCAGGCUGAUGCCAGUUGUGACCCACAGACAGGAGCGUGCAUCUGUCCUCCCGGCAAAAGAGGACACGACUGUGAAACUUCAUGUGAACCUGGUCACUGGGGGCAAAGGUGCACCAGUAAAUGCCAGUGCGGGGACAGCUCACUGGGCUGUGACCCAGUUACUGGUCAGUGUGUGUGCGAGGCCGGCUUCACUGGAGACCACUGCGAAAAGAAGUGUGUGAAUGGUACUUAUGGGCGAGGCUGUGCCCAGCUGUGCCACUGUCAGAACGGAGCUCUUUGUGACCAUUUGAGUGGAGCCUGCACAUGCUCCCCUGGAUUUGCUGGCACCUUCUGCGAAAAAAUGUGCCCGGACGGCUUUUACGGUCUUGACUGUGGCCAGAUGUGCGAGUGCAGGAACGGUGCCCGCUGCCACCACAUCACAGGAGCCUGCCUCUGCACCGCCGGCUGGGCAGGACCACACUGCAUUCUGGAAUGCCCGCAGGGUCGCUUUGGGGAGCAGUGCAGUCAGACCUGUGAGUGUCAGAACGGCGCCAGGUGUGACCACGUCAGCGGGCGCUGCAGCUGCGCGGCCGGCUGGACGGGUGCCAGCUGCCACCUGCCCUGUCCUGCAGGACGGUACGGGGAGCACUGUUCCCACCAAUGUCUGUGCCAAAAUGGAGGAACCUGUGAUGGGACAACUGGCCAGUGCUCCUGUCCACACGGCUGGACUGGAGCCGCCUGUGAGUUAGAGUGUGAGGAGGGGCGUUACGGAGAGAACUGCACCCAGAUCUGCCGCUGCACCAAUGGAGGAAAAUGUGACAGCGUGACAGGGAGAUGUACCUGUCCGCCUGGCUGGACGGGAGAGAGCUGCAACACAGCGUGUCCUACAGGAUCCUACGGCGAGGCCUGUGAGCAGAGGUGUGACUGUGUCCACAGUGCGAGCUGCCACCAUGUGACGGGCCGCUGUGAGUGUGAGCCCGGCUGGAGAGGUGCCAGAUGUGACAAACCUUGCCUCCCAGGGUCCUACGGGGCUCUCUGUGCCCAGCAGUGUCGGUGUCAGGCUGGCCUGUCCUGCCACCAUGAGACAGGGCGGUGUGGCUGCCCUGCUGGACUCACUGGGAACGGCUGCGAGAAAACCUGUCCUGCUGGCAUGUUCGGGCAGAACUGCAGCCAGCUCUGCCAGUGCUCCGGCGACCAGGAGCAGUGCCACCCUGUGACCGGGAAAUGUACCUGCCUACCUGGUUACUAUGGGGCGCGCUGUGAGCUGCGAUGUCGAACGGGAACGUACGGGCCGAACUGCAAGUCGAGGUGCCGCUGCCUGAAUGGUGGCCGCUGUGACUUCAGGACUGGGGCUUGCCAGUGUCUGCCUGGAUUUAUCGGAGCUGACUGCAGCUCAGCUUGUCCGACUGGGCGCUAUGGGAAGGACUGCACCCUGCUGUGCUCUUGUGGGGCGGGGGGGCAGUGCCACCCAGCGACUGGGAGGUGUAUCUGCGCCCCUGGCUGGAUGGGACCGUCCUGCCAACAAGCGUGUCCGAGGGUGCGCUACGGCCCGCAGUGCAGAAACACAUGCAGCUGUCAGAACGGGGGAUUGUGUGACCCCGCCAGCGGCUCCUGCAAGUGUGGACUGGGCUGGACCGGGUCACACUGUGACAUAGCCUGCUCACAGGGGAAGUACGGGCCUGACUGUGCGCUAGACUGUCAGUGCCACAAUGAUGGAACGUGCGACCGUUUCACUGGCGUGUGCAGCUGCUCUCCUGGAUACUACGGCCCCUCCUGUCAGCACAGAUGCCCAUCAGGUUUUUUUGGACUGAACUGUGCUCGCCCCUGUGACUGCAAGGUGGGGCACGCCUGUGACCAUGUGACAGGCCACUGUGUGUGUCCCCCCGGCUACCAUGGGCCACAGUGCCAGAGACAAUGUGAGGCUGGCAGGUUCGGACUGGCCUGUUCACAGUCAUGUGACUGUGCUGGUGAGGCCCCGUGUGACCCGUCCACAGGACGCUGCCUCUGUCCCCCAGGAAGGACAGGAGAGAGAUGUGAAAAAGACUGUGGUGGAGACCGAUUUGGCCCCGGCUGCUCUCUGCCAUGCCAGUGUUCCCAGAGGGCCCAGUGUGAUGGGCGUAGCGGGCGAUGUCUGUGCCCGAUCACCUGGUUGGGCCCCACCUGUACUGAAGGUGAUAAAAGCUCAAGCGUUAUGGCCACCACUCCCCUUAUGGCCCUGGCCUGCAGCAGCAGCACCACCACUACAGCUGACCUCAUCAAAGCCGGACGACCCAUGCUGACCUCAUCAACACUGCCUGACCCCGCGUGA